GCUAGGCUAGAGUGAACGCAAACAAGACCCCUAUAGGCAGCACAGUGCAUUAAUGUAAAAUAUGCCCAGACAACAUAACUUGUCAGAGAGGAUUAUUUCUGCUUAGUGAAUCUGCAGGGGCCCCUUUGCUCCACCACUCAGCGUCUGACUAGAGAGAGAAAGAGAGAAAGAGUAGCCAUUAGUGAGUAGCUACUGUGGCAUUGAUGUUUGAGCGCACUUCUGAACUGGCUUUUGUUGAGAAUAUCGGUGCAGAAAGCAUGCGCUGUCCCAAAUCCGCUGUUACUAUGAGAAAUGAGGAGCUGCUUUUAAGUAACGGCACAGCUAACAAGAUGAAUGGAGCUUUGGAUCAUUCAGACCAACCAGACCCAGAUGCCAUUAAGAUGUUUGUUGGACAGAUUCCCCGUUCAUGGUCAGAAAAAGAGUUAAAAGAACUUUUUGAGCCUUAUGGAGCUGUCUACCAGAUUAAUGUUCUCCGAGACAGAAGUCAGAACCCUCCCCAAAGUAAAGGUUGUUGUUUCGUAACAUUUUAUACAAGAAAAGCUGCUCUUGAGGCACAGAAUGCACUGCACAAUAUUAAAACUUUACCUGGGAUGCAUCAUCCUAUUCAGAUGAAACCUGCAGAUAGUGAAAAGUCAAAUGCUGUGGAAGACAGAAAAUUGUUCAUAGGAAUGGUUUCGAAGAAGUGUAAUGAGAAUGAUAUCAGGGUGAUGUUUUCUCCGUUCGGCCAGAUAGAAGAAUGCCGAAUCCUUCGGGGACCGGAUGGGCUGAGCAGAGGCUGUGCGUUUGUCACAUUUUCUACAAGGGCAAUGGCACAGAAUGCAAUCAAAGCCAUGCACCAGUCUCAGACCAUGGAGGGCUGCUCUUCACCAAUCGUGGUGAAGUUUGCCGAUACCCAAAAGGACAAGGAGCAACGGCGUUUGCAGCAGCAGUUGGCACAGCAGAUGCAACAGCUCAAUACUGCCACUUGGGGAAACCUCACAGGUCUUGGAGGACUCACGCCACAAUACCUAGCUCUCCUGCAGCAAGCAACUUCCUCCAGUAACUUGGGUGCCUUCAGCGGCAUUCAGCAAAUGGCCGGCAUGAACGCUUUACAAUUACAGAAUUUGGCAACUUUAGCAGCCGCAGCAGCCGCCGCCCAAACCUCAGCUACCACCACCAAUGCAAAUCCUCUCUCCACAACGACUGGUGCUCUGGGAGCCCUCACAAGUCCCGUGGCUGCAUCAACUGCUAAUUCCACAGCUGGUGCGGCCAUGAAUUCUUUGACUUCUCUGGGUACUCUCCAAGGACUGGCUGGAGCCACUGUUGGACUGAAUAAUAUUAAUGCACUAGCAGGUACCGUAAACAUUGCUCAAAUGCUCUCAGGUAUGGCGGCCCUGAACGGAGGACUCGGCGCAACAGGCUUGACGAACGGUACGGCCGGCACGAUGGACGCGCUCACCCAGGCCUACUCAGGAAUCCAGCAGUAUGCUGCCGCCGCGCUGCCGACGUUGUACAGUCAGAGCUUGUUGCAGCAGCAAAGCGCUGCGGGCAGCCAGAAGGAAGGUCCAGAAGGGGCAAACCUCUUUAUUUACCACCUCCCCCAGGAGUUUGGAGACCAGGACAUUCUGCAGAUGUUCAUGCCUUUUGGAAAUGUUAUCUCUGCUAAAGUCUUCAUUGACAAACAGACCAAUCUGAGCAAGUGCUUCGGUUUUGUUAGCUAUGACAAUCCAGUCUCUGCACAAGCUGCUAUCCAGGCUAUGAACGGCUUUCAGAUUGGCAUGAAACGCUUGAAGGUUCAGCUGAAACGCUCCAAAAAUGACAGCAAACCUUACUGAUCUUAACCCCAGAUGCUUACUGCUCUUAUUUUAGCUUUCUUAGGGUAAGUCCCAUGAGCAAACCUGUCCUCUGCAGGGGGGUUAAGAAAGAACAUAUAGCCAACCUUCACCAAGAGACAGUUAUUUUUACAGUUACCACUUCCAUUUCCCCACUUGUCUUUAUUACACUUGGCUCUCAUUUCCUUGCCAAGUAAUUACUGAGUUGUGUUACUGUAUUUUGUUUUGCAGCAUAAUUUAUCUCCUUUUUAAAACAAAAAUAAAUGUCUUGAAAUUCAAAGCAACACACACACACACACAAAAUGUGCAAUUUAACUCUGUGAACCCUGGUGCCAUUAGCACACAAUAAAAGUUGUUUUGUAUGGAUGGAUCGUAUUUUACCAGGGUGGCACCAGCAGUUUAUAGGUUAAACAAAAUGGCCUCAUGCCAGUUGAAGCACUUAUUUUGCAACAAAAAUUAAAACAAGUCUUUCCACUACAUCAACUUGUUUUUUGAGAAGAUUUGAUUUUUUUUUUUUCGGUUCAAAUCAACGUAUUGUUAUAUAUUAGUCUGAUUUUACACUGGUCGUCUUUAUAUUUCACUUUUUUUUAAGUUCUUUUUUUUUUGGAAAGGAUUAAUGUAAAAAAAAAGAUUUAAGAGAUCUGUUUCUAAAGCUACAGGGUUUAAAAUAAAAAAAUAAAAUAAAAUGAGUGACAAUACUUGAUGUUUCUUGAGAGAUAAAUUUAAUAAUAAUAAAAAAAAGAAAGCCACAGGCCUGUAAAUUUUAUUUGUAAAAAGCAUUUCUAUUUUUAUACAAAAUUUUUACUGCCUCAGAAAUAAUGGAAGUUAUUUAUUGCCUAUUGUUAACUUAUUGGAUACCUAAAGAGCAGCUCUCUAUGCUAGCUAGAUCCUUUGAAGUAGUCUCUAGAGUAAUUGUGCCAAGAAUGGGCGCUUUUUCACUGUUGAACCCUACACCCUUUACAGUUCAUGCUUUUAUCCUCUUGUUUGUAUUUGUCUGGUUAUUUUGUUCGUAGUUUCCAUUACCUAGUUUAAAGUUCAGUUGUGUGACCUUUUUUUCCACCCCCUACCUUUCUGUUACAUUUGUAGAAACUGGUUCUUUCCUCUCUUUUCUCCCCAAAGAGGAAUCCAUUCUCUCUGACUCCUUUCAGAUGGAUUCUUUUGGGGUUCCAUUGUGCUCUUGUUGGCAAGUAUUGUAAGUUAAUGCAAAUUAUGUGAAUGGCUCAUAGACUCUACUGAUAAAAGAUUUGCAUUAGUUUUCUCCUGCACCCAUAAAAGUGAUUUUGUUUGUGCUGCAUAGAUUCUGUGUAACUUUUUUCCUCUUCCUUGUUUUUUCCCUAGACAUCUCCAUGCCCGUUAGCCCAUCGUUUGCCUAGCAUGUCCCUGUGGCGUCUCAAAAAAAAAAAAAGUUUCAUCGUCCCGUCAUUGUUUCUGAUGUCUUUCUGACUUCACAUCAUAUUUGGUUCUCCUACUGACCUUUGAUCUAGUUUGACCUUUGAAAUUUGCAUGUGACCUCAUCUAGCUAUGAAUUCUGGGAAGUCAAUGUGAAAAAACAUUGCUGCAUUCAUGCAAGACUGAAAUUUAUUAUUAGAUAAAUUAAUGAUAGGAUUUAAAAACAACCUGUGGCAAAACGUUUUUUCUUUCUUUCCUUUUUUUUUUUUUUGGUUUUCUUUUUUCCUUUGGGUUUAUUUGUUUUUAGGUUUUUUUGUUUUGUUUUGUUUUCAUUUCGUAAAAAAAAAAAUAAAAAAAAACAGACUUGAAAGUGUUAUACAGGGAUUGGCAUUCUGCCUGGUCACUGGUGACAAUAGCAAUAUGUGUCCAGAGGCACAGAAUGUUGGUUUCUAACAGACUACUUCCAAAACAGUUUGAGAAAUAAAACUGUCUGAUUUUAAGUCUCUAGAGGUCUGUAAUAGUUUUUACAUUUUUCAGGCAGUGUAAAGUUUUUUGAUAAGGCCAUUUUAGGUGGCUCACUUUCUCAUUAAAGUAUAUAUAUAGAACCACUUUUUGUAGAUUAGUAUAAGAAAAUAUUUACCCUGUUUUAGGGCAAAUGCUACCUACUUGUGUCACCUUUUGCUGAACUGACUCACAGUUAGACAAUCCAUGGUUUAAUGCACAUGAAAUUACCUAUAUUUUAUACUGUUUCAAUGUACAGAAGAAAGGUUACUGUAAAAUGUGUUACGUUGGUGCUUCUGUGAAUUAAGUUGUGGUUUCAUCAUGAGUCUUAUGGUCUUAAGUGUUCUAUGUUUAUAAAAGACGAGUUUAAAAUUGGUUUACUUGAACAACAAGAACAAAAACAACAUUCAAAAAAAAAACACAAAAAAAAAGUUGUUUGCUUAAAAAAAAAAAAAGAAUUUCAUGUGAAAAAUGAAAAAAUAUUCCAGAAUAAGUUUGUGUUGGCUUGUGACGCAUUGAUGUCAUUUUUUUAUUGUGAACAAUUUAGAUGUGUUUGUGUUCAGCAAAAUGUGAUCGGUUUUUCUUUUAAAGAAAAAAAAAAAUCAGUGAAACUAUAGUGCCAAAUUCCAAAGGUACUUUCUUCCUAGAGCUUCAGUGUGUUUCUUGUGUGAAGUAAUUUGAUAACAUGGGUAUUUUAUUAUGUGUUUUGUAUAAAUCCCUAAUAUUUAAAGAAAAAAGAGGUUAAAAAGUUUGUUAACUUGCUAUCCUGUGGUCUUGUUGCCUGAAAUUGUUAUUGUUUGUUAUUUCUCUUUGAUGUUUUUUGUAAAACAUUGUAUAAGUGCCCAUGUUUCACUUUUUUAACCACUCUGCACACAUCAAUGCUGUGAAAGCAAACCUCACUAUGUAUUUUCUUCAUAUUGUAUGGAAACCUCUAAGGUGAGAAAGUUUUGAACUUUUAACCCUUUCCACCCAGAGCUGUCUUGAGUGUUAAUACCUUUUAUACAUUCACCAUUUUGCUGUUUAUUUUUAUAUAUAUAUCUAUAUCUAUAAAUAUAUAUAUACUUA